AUGGCGCCUUCUGCAGAUACCUCAUUCACCGGCCACAUGGCCAACCAACACGCAUUUUAUGAGAAAGACCGAAAAAUGGGCUCCAAGGAAGCACUAUAUGCUACCAGCAAUGGCGUGCCCAUGCCUCAUCCCUACGAGGCCCAAAGGAUAGGAGAAAAUGGUCCUCUGCUCUUACAAGAUUUCCAUCUGAUUGAUCUGAUCUCUCAUUUCGACCGCGAACGCAUCCCCGAACGAGUAGUCCAUGCGAAGGGAAGCGGUGCCCAUGGUUUCUUUGAGUGUACGGAUCCAAUCCCAGAGUUAUGCUCUGCCGACAUCUUCUCGACCAAGGGGAAGAAAUGCCCUAUUACAGUGCGGUUCUCAACAGUCGGAGGCGAGGCCGGCUCACACGACUGCGCCCGAGACCCUCGAGGGUUCGCUGUCAAGUUCCGGACGGUCGAUGGAAACUGGGACCUUGUCGCCAACAACACGCCGGUAUUCUUCCUGAGAGAUCCGGCCAAGUUUCCUCACUUCAUUCAUACGCAGAAGAGGGAUCCAUCUACCCAUCUAACACACGCAGAUGAUUCUACCAUGUUUUGGGACUAUCUGUGCAACAACCCGGAGAGUGUUCACCAGGUCAUGAUUCUCAUGGGAGAUCGGGGAAUUCCAGAUGGGUAUCGGUUUAUGCAUGGCUACUCGGGCCACACUCAUAAGUUUGUGAACAAGAAAGGCGACUGGAUAUACACCCAAAUCCACUUUAAAUCUCAGCAAGGUACCAAGUUCAUCACCCAGGAGGAUUCUAUGAGCAAGUCACCCGACUACUCCCAAAAGGACCUGUACGAAGCGAUCCAGCGCGGCGAGUUCCCUAAGUGGGAUGUCAAGAUCCAGACCAUGACCCCGAAGGAGGCCGAAGAAGUGUGGGAGAAGCAGAGAAUCAACGUCUUCGACCUGACGCACGUCUGGCCACAGAAGCAGUUCCCUCUCAAGAAGAUUGGCGAAUUCACACUAAACGAGAACGCCGUGAACUACUUCGCCGAGAUCGAGCAAGUCGCCUUCAACCCCGCGCACAUGCCAACCGGCAUCGAAGCCUCGGCCGACCCUGUUCUCCAGUCGCGGCUGUUCUCGUACCCCGACACGCACCGCCACCGCAUCGGCGUGAACUACCAGCAACUGCCCGUCAACGCGCCGUCGACCGGCUUCAAGUUCGGCAACUUCCAGCGCGACGGCUCGAUGGCCUUCUUCAACCAAGGCGCGCGGCCGAACUACCUGAGCUCCAUCGAGCCCAUCCAGUUCCGCAACCGCUCCAUCAACAUCAGCACCACGCACGGCCACUUCACCGGCGAGGCCAUCGCCUUCCUAUCGGAGAUCCGGCCCGAGGACUUCAACGCCCCGCGCGCCCUGUGGCAGAAGGUGUGGGAUGAGCCCGCGCGCGAGCGCUUCAUCGGCAACAUUUCGGGGAAGAUGGCGCUCUGCAAGGAGCCCGAGUUCAUCAAGAGGGAGAUCGCCAUCCUAAGAGAAGUUGACGACGAUAUCGCGAAGCGCGUUGAGAAGGCGACGGGGAUUAAGGGCUACGAUGGCAUCGCGAACUUGAGAUUUAAUGGUACGCAUAAUGGCAUGGCGAAGGAUAGUAAGUUGAGGGUCGCCAAUGGGAUGGAUGCGACGAUGGGGAAGAGUAUUGCGAAGAAUAAUGGGGCGGUGACGGCAGAUACGCAUAAGUGUAUUGUGGUAAAUGGUGCUUGAUGAUGGAUAUCUGGA